CUGCAGAAGGCCUUGAAUCACCCCACGAAAUGGAAGAGUCCUGAGACGCUAUGCUCUGAAGCCAUUGCUUGGUUACACGAGGUGGCUGGAUGAAACACGGUGCCGGCCUCAGACAUUUACUACAGCUCAGGGGCCCAGCAGCUCAUGAGAUAGACUGGGAAUUGUCGAUUCUGCUUUCGUUUCGACCUAUAUUUGUUAUGAAUGCUAUGUUCACCUGCCAGGAUUGCUUUUUGAAAGAGCCCCGAUGGCAAUCAGUGACUAAAUAUAAUGGUGCCGCGGCCCGCACUAUUGCCAACGUUAUAUUUGAUAAGGAAGGCGGGCACUUGAUCGACGAGUAUUUUCAACUACUGACCAAAAUUCCGUCUAUCCUAUGCCACGGCUACGCUCUUCGUGAAGUCAACAACCAUGGCAUCCAAGCAGACAUUGGAAAGCUAUUGCAUCUUAUAAAAGCCGCGAAAGAACUUUGCAGCAACUUCGAGGGGUGGUAUUCCAAGGUCGAACUUGUAAACCCAGGCCAACAGAAGUCUCCGCGGAAGACCCUCAGUCCAUAUACUUACCCAUCCUACAAUACGAAACACCGUGAAUGGGCUCUUUGCCCAUGGAUUACUGGCCGUUCAUGAUGAUCUUGCAGGAAUGCCUAAACUAGUGUCAUUGCCCCAUUGACUACACCGAGUUGAACCAACUGUUCAUGCAGAACAUAUUCAGAUCAAUCGAGACUGUCGGCGAGGAUAUGAUAGGAAGAUACUGAUGCGGCUACUCUGUCAGAAUUGCAUAUGAGUUCGCGAAUCACGAGACAAAAGAAUGGAUUGAGAUGUGGCUAGGUCGCUUCAGGAAAACAUAUGCCGGGGUCAGUCCAGAGGUAUUUCCCAAGUGUUGGGUGUUUUUGCAUACAAUAGGGUCAGUGUGAUCCCCUGAGCAGUGAAACACAUUUUACUCGGACAAGGGGAUGGCACCUUUGUGACAUGAGUUGCCACCCACUUAUAUAAGAAUUGUGCCUUGCCUGGGGGCUGCUGAAUCCUUCAAAUUAUAAUUGAAACUGUGUAAUAAUACGAAGG